UAGUAUUACAUAAGAGUGUUGGCUGUUGGCCCACUAACACCUAACCCUGAGUUAACCCUGAGUAACUUAGCUGGCCCACUAACACCUAACCCUGAGUUAACCCUGAGUAACUUAGCUGGCCCACUAACACCUAACCCUGAGUUAACCCUGAGUAACUUAGCUGGCACAGUAAUACCUAACCCUGAGUUAACCCUGAGUCACUCAGUUGGCCCACUAACACCUAACCCUGAGUUAACCCUGAGUAACUUAGCUGGCCCACUAACACCUAACCCUGAGAUAACCCUGAGUCACUCAGCUGGCACAGUAAUACCUAACCCUGAGUUAACCCUGAGUCACUCAGUUGGCCCAAUAACACCUAACCCUGAGGUAACCCUGAGUUGGUCAGCUGGCACAAAAAUACCUAACCCUGAGUUAACCCUGAGUUACUCAGUUGGCCCACUAACACCUAACCCUGAGUUAACCCUGAGUUACUAAGUUGGCCCAAUAACACCUAACCCUGAGGUAACCCUGAGUAACUCAUCUGGCCCACUAACACCUAACCCUGAGUUAACCCUGAGUUACUAAGUUGGCCCAAUAACACCUAACCCUGAGGUAACCCUGAGUAACUCAUGUGGCCCACUAACACCUAACCCUGAGUUAACCCUGAGUUACUAAGUUGGCCCACUAACACUUAACCCUGAGUUAACCCUGAGUUACUCAGUUGACCCACUAACACCUAACCCUGAGUUAACCCUGAGUCACUCAGUUGGCCCACUAACACCUAACCCUGAGUUAACCCUGAGUUACUCAGUUGACCCACUAACACCUAACCCUGAGUUAACCCUGAGUCACUCAGUUGGCCCACUAACACCUAAACCUGAGUUAACCCUGUGUUACUAAGUUGACCCACUAACACCUAACCCUGAGUUAACCCUGAGUCACUCAGUUGGCCCACUAACACCUAACCCUGAGUUAACCCUGAGUCACUCAGUCAGUAGAACACACACAUAGGGCUCUGGUCAAAAGUAGCACACUAUAUAGGGUGUGCACUACUUUUGACCAGGGCCCAUAGGGUCAAAAGUAGUGCACUAUAUAGGGAAUAGGGUGUGCACUACUUUUGACCAGGGCCCAUAGGGUCAAAAGUAGUGCACUUUAUAGGGAAUAGAUUGCCAUUUGGGACAUGGACUCCACCUUUUUGGAACCGGCACCAACUUGGUCUUCGGUCCUCACCCCUUCUGGUCCUCUGUGGUCCUCUGUGGCUCAGUUGGUAGAGCAUGGCAUUUCUAACACCACGAUUAUGGUUAACAAAAACAUGCACACAUUUUCAAAUGCAGCGGGAAUCGAACCCACGACCUUUGGCAUUGCAAACGGCCUACCACCUGAGCCACACAGGUUCACUAUACUCAUGGAUCUACGCUCUGUUGUUCCAAGCUAGACGGGAGAGAGUUCUGUCUCUCUCUCUCUCGCUCUCUCUCUCUUUCACUCUCCCUCUCUACCUACCUACCUACCUACCUCUCUCUCUCUCUUCCUCUUCCUCUCUCUCUCUCUCUCUCUCUCUCUCUCUCUCUCUCUCUCUCUCUCUCUCUCUCUCUCUCUCUCUCUCUCUCUCUCUCUCUCUCUCUCUCUCUCUCUCUCUAUCUCUCAACAGAAAACUGUGAAAUACAAUGGAGGUAAUAACAGCACGGUAGAGAUUAUUGUGUACUUUAAUGUGACUGGGUAAUGUAGGUUGAGUCAGUUACUUGACAAAUACCAUGUUGUUGAAUCACUUCACUACAUUUUUAUGUUAUAGAACAUUAGAUUAAAGUUACAUUAAGUAUGAUCAUACUGUACUAUAGUUAUUAUAUCUUAAUGGUAUAUAGAAAGACAUUAUAUGAUGAAACGUUGCUGUGUACCAGCAGUGUGUAUCGUUGUGUAAUCUCUGUUAUGUAAAGACUACAGUACUGUAGUUCAUUAAUCUCUGUUAUGUAAAGACUACAGUACUGUAGUUCAUUAAUCUCUGUUAUGUAAAGACUACAGUACUGUAGCUCAUUAAUCUCUGUUAUGUAAAGACUACAGUACUGUAGUUCAUUAAUCUCUGUUAUGUAAAGACUACAGUACUAUAGUUCAUUAAUCUCUGUUAUGUAAAGACUACAGUACUGUAGUUCAUUAAUCUCUGUUAUGUAAAGACUACAGUACUGUAGUUCAUUAAUCUCUGUUAUGUAAAGACUACAGUACUGUAGUUCAUUAAUCUCUGUUAUGUAAAGACUACAGUACUGUAGUUCAUUCAUCUCUGUUAUGUAAAGACUACAGUACUGUAGUUCAUUAAUCUCUGUUAUGUAAAGACUACAGUACUGUAGUUCAUUAAUCUCUGUUAUGUAAAGACUACAGUACUGUAGUUCAUUCAUCUCUGUUAUGUAAAGUCUACAGUACUGUAGUUCAUUAAUCUCUGUUAUGUAAAGACCACAGUACUGUAGUUCAUUAAUCUCUGUUAUGUAAAGACUACAGUACUGUAGUUCAUUAAUCUCUGUUAUGUAAAGACUACAGUACUGUAGUUCAUUAAUCUCUGUUAUGUAAAGACUACAGUACUAUAGUUCAUUAAUCUCUGUUAUGUAAAGACUACAGUACUGUAGUUCAUUCAUCUCUGUUAUGUAAAGACUACAGUACUGUAGUUCAUUCAUCUCUGUUAUGUAAAGACUACAGUACUGUAGUUCAUUCAUCUCUGUUAUGUAAAGACUACAGUACUGUAGUUCAUUCAUCUCUGUUAUGUAAAGACUACAGUACUGUAGUUCAUUAAUCUCUGUUAUGUAAAGACUACAGUACUGUAGUUCAUUAAUCUCUGUUAUGUAAAGACUACAGUACUGUAGUUCAUUCAUCUCUGUUAUGUAAAGACUACAGUACUGCAGUUCAUUCAUCUCUGUUAUGUAAAGUCUACAGUACUGUAGUUCAUUCAUCUCUGUUAUGUAAAGACUACAGUACUGUAGUUCAUUAAUCUCUGUUAUGUAAAGACUACAGUACUGUAGUUCAUUCAUCUCUGUUAUGUAAAGACUACAGUACUGUAGUUCAUUAAUCUCUGUUAUGUAAAGACUACAGUACUGUAGUUCAUUAAUCUCUGUUAUGUAAAGACUACAGUACUGUAGUUCAUUAAUCUCUGUUAUGUAAAGACUACAGUACUGUAGUUCAUUCAUCUCUGUUAUGUAAAGACUACAGUACUGUAGUUCAUUAAUCUCUGUUAUGUAAAGACUACAGUACUGUAGUUCAUUAAUCUCUGUUAUGUAAAGACUACAGUACUGUAGUUCAUUCAUCUCUGUUAUGUAAAGACUACAGUACUGUAGUUCAUUAAUCUCUGUUAUGUAAAGACUACAGUACUGUAGUUCAUUCAUCUCUGUUAUGUAAAGACUACAGUACUGUAGUUCAUUAAUCUAUGUUAUGUAAAGACUACAGUACUGUAGUUCAUUCAUCUCUGUUAUGUAAAGACUACAGUACUGUAGUUCAUUCAUCUCUGUUAUGUAAAGACUACAGUACUGUAGUUCAUUCAUCUCUGUUAUGUAAAGACUACAGUACUGUAGUUCAUUAAUCUCUGUUAUGUAAAAGACUACAGUACUGUAGUUCAUUAAUCUCUGUUAUGUAAAAGACUACAGUACUGUAGUUCAUUCAUCUCUGUUAAUGUAGCAGUCGCUGACAAUGUUUGGACCUGCUUUGUGUUACAAAGGUACACACACACACACACACGCAUGCAUACACACACGCUUGCACGCACACACACAUGCAUGUGCACGUACGCACGUGCACACACACACACACACACAGAGGUCUUAGCAGGAGCAGCAGGGGAUCUGAGUUGUGGAGGUUUAGGGGGAACAGAGGCUCCUUGGUUUUAAUGAGGUCAACAAUAGCAGCAUUCACACAAACACACACACACACAAACACAUACACACAAACAAACACACACACACACACACACGUCAGUCUGUCAGUCUGUCAGUCUGUCUACUCCUGCUCCUGCCCUUGUAUCUGGACUGAUAAGAUGGCAGUCUCAGCAGCGAUGUCACAGAGGUGCUAGGGUGAGGAUUACUCAGUAUGAUGCAGAUUAGAGAGAGAGAGAGAGAGAGAGAGAGAGAGAGAGAGAGAGAGAGAGAGAGAGAGAGAGAGAGAGAGAGGGAGAGGAUGAGGAGGAUGGAGGAAGAGACCGGGAGACGAUAGAGAGAGAGAGAGAACAAACACCAUUGUAAAUACAACCCAUAUUUAUGUUUAUUUAUUUUCCCAUUUGUACUUUAACAUUGCACAUUGCACAUUGUUACAACACUGUAUAUAUACAUAAUAUGACAUUUGAAAUGUCUUUAUUCUUUUGAAACUUCUGAGUGUAAUGUUUACUGUUAAUAUUUAUUGUUUAUUUCACUUUUGUUUACUAUCUACUUCACUUGCUUUGGCAAUGUUAACACACGUUUCCCAUGCCAAUAAAGCCCUUAAAUUGAAUUGAAAUUGAAAUUGAGAGAGAGAGAGAGAGCUUCUGUUGUUUAGAACAGUAGAUCUGAAUCAGAGCCAUGUAGUCUGAGGUGUAGCUACGGUGCCUUUGACAUUAUGGGGUAUUGUGUGUGUAGGCCAGUGACAAAAUCUAAAUGUAAUGUAUUUUAAAUUCAGGCUGUGACAAAACAAAAUGCGGAAAGAGUCAAGGGGUGUGAAUACCUUCUGAAGGCACUGUAUGCAGUGGCAUUGGUUGACCUGGUGUGUGUGUGUGUGUGUGUUGUGUCUGUUGUGGAAAAUAAACACCAUACUUUAUUUAAAAUAAGGUCUUACAGAGUUUUUGUUGCAUCAAGAAAUUACUUUAUUAAAGUUUUCAACAAAGCCGAUACCCGUCUGCAGAGGGGCACCCAUUCUUAAGGUCUCCCUCCAUCUUAUAUAGUCCUCUUCAGUUUUCCCGCUCUUUUAUUGCUCCGCCCACUUCCUUUGUCCCUGAGGACGGCUGAACUAUUACUCCAACCAAUCACCCGCUCCCCUGUACCUCACCCCCUCAACCUGUAAUCAAUCAAGAAGAUACCAAGGAGACAAAGGUCUAGCCCAAACUCUAUUCAACCCUGGUGCCGCUCCUCUUCACUGUGUUUGAAGAGAGAGACAAAAACAAACGGCCCAAUUCAGUUAGCCACAAAGAAUUUUAACUAUAUGUUCAUGAUUAACUCAAUUUCAUCUGAUAAUCCAUUAAAAAUACACAUCACAUCAGGAGGAAAAGUAUAUGGAUAUAUUGAAGUUGAAGUUAAAGCUUGGUCGCAAAUGGGUCUUCCAAAUGGACAAUGACCCCAAGCAUACUUCCAAAGUUGUGGCUAAAUGGCUUAAGGACAACAAAGUCAAGAUAUUAGAGUGGCCAUCACAAAGCCCUGACCUCAAUCCUAUAGAAAAUGUGUGGGCAGAACUGAAAAAGCGUGUGCGAGCAAGGAGGCCUACAAACCUGACUCAGUUACACUAGCUCUGUCAGGAGGAAUGGGCCAAAAUUCACCCAACUUAUUGUGGGAAACUUGUUGAAUGCUACCCGAAACGUUUGACCCAAGUUAAACAAUUUAAAGGCAACGCUACCAAAUACUCAUUGAGUGUAUGUAAACUUCUGACCCACUGGGAAUGUGAUGAAAGAAAUAAAAGCUGAAAUAAAUAAUUCUCUCUACUAUUAUUCUGACAUUUCACAUUCUUAAAAUAAAGUGGUGAUCCUAACUGACCUAAGACAGGGAAUCUUUACUAGGAUUAAAUGUCAGGAAUUGUGAAAAACUGAGUUUAAAUGUAUUUUGCUAAGGUGUAUGUAAACUUCCGACUUCAACUGUAUAUCGACCAGAACAGAUACCACAUGAUAAAAGCAACUCCGCACUGCCCUUCACAAAAUAAGAGUUUUAUGGAAACUAAUAUGGUAGGAUUAUACAGCAACCUCACUUCUUAUACUUGAAACUCUCUCACACAUGCAACUAACACAAUCGCAUGAAGAUAAGCAAGUCAUAAACUCUGUGUUGUCAGGAAGCAGCAGAGAGAGAGAGAGAGAGAGAGAGAGAGAGAGAGAGAGAGAGAGAGAGAGAGAGAGAGAGAGAGAGAGAGAGAGAGAGAGAGAGAGAGAGAGAUAGAGAGUAUAACUGUGCAGUGGUCUAACAGGCAGUGUGACACAGUGACAGAUCUAACCAUAUUCAGCUUAGUCUCCUCCCUCCCUCUCUCUCACUCUCUCCCCCUCCCUCUCUCUCUCCUCCCCCCUCUGUCUCCCUCUCCCUCUCUCCCCCCUCCCUCCCUCUCUCCUCCCCCUCCCUCUCUCUCUCUCCUACCCCUCCCUCUCUCCCUCUCCUCCCCCUCCCUCUCUCCCCCCUCCCUCCCUCUCUCCUCCCCCUCUCCAUGUCCAGCCUAUAUCUGCUCUUCAUAGAGCUCCACCUCACAACCCAGACUGACUCACAUAGAGCAAUACAACAUAUCACCAAGACUGUGACAAUCUAUUUCUACACAGUACUGUAUCACUCCACAGGCUACCAGUGGACUGUCUGUCUGUCUAGCAACUGUCUACUUCCCUUAGCCUGGCUGCUGAAGGGCUACUGUAAGCCCUGUGGACUGUGGGACUAG